AUUUUGGAUAUUUGUCUUCAAUAUUUAAGUUACGAUCCUAACUAUAACUAUGAAUCUGAUGAUAGUCAUAGUUGCCUUGCGAUGGACACUGAAGAAGGGGAAUAUGUCGACAGUGAUGAUUACAGUGACGAUGACGAUAUAAGUUGGAAAGUUCGUCGUGCUGCCGCAAAAUGUUUGGAAGCUUUAAUAAUAACUCGCCAUGAAUWUAUUGAGAGUUUUUGCCAAGAUUUGGGACCUAUAUUAAUAUUGCGUUUGAAAGAAAGAGAAGAAAAUGUGAAGUCGGACAUAUUUCACGUAUAUAUAACUUUGUUGAAAAGUGCAAAAGCACCACACCUUGUAGCACAAGAUCCAGAUUCUAUGGAAGAAAUUCCCCGAAUUUUCUCUCUUCUUCAAGAUCAACUAAAAGAUGUUAUUAAAAUKAUCCAACCUCUACUGCGUSAACGGUCGAUGAAAACUCGUCAGGACUGUUUUCUUUUAUUACGAGAAUUAUUAAAUGUAUUACCUGGAAGCUUAGGGCCAUAUUUAAAUGAUAUUGUCCCUGGUAUAAGUUACGCACUUUGUGAUAAAAAUUCCACAAGUAACAUAAAAAUUAGUGCAUUAGGAUUCUUAUGCUCUCUUUUAACAUGUCAUACACAAACAUAUCUUUUUCAACUUCAUAUUCCCACACUGGUACCAAUUAUAAUUACUGCAGUAUUUGAUUCAUUUUAUAAAAUUUCUACAGAAGCACUUCAAGUCAUGCAACAACUUGUAAAGGUUUGCAUUUAAUCCCCAAAUUCUACAAUUAGUAGUUGUUGAACUUAAACCGCUAAUAUCAGACUCAGAUCUUCAUAUUGCUCAAUAUUGUUUAAUACUUUUAACAGCGACAGCUCUUAAGCAUCCAAAAGCUCUUGAAGAUACUCAUGAGCAAUUUUUGCCUGCUGUAUUAAUGCUGGUGCGUUCACCGCUUUUACAAGGUAGUGCACUGACGUGCACGUUAAAUCUUCUUCAAGUCUUAGUUCAAACAAAUAUUCAUCAUUUGGACUACAAUUCUUUGCUCAAUAAACUUAUGGAUCCAGUUAUCAUUGAUAAUGAGCAGGUUCAUAAACAAGCCCAUCAUUCUUUAGCUAAAUGUAUAUCAUCACUCACUCUAAAAUGCCCCUGGGAAGCCAUACCUUUGGCGUCGCGUCUUCUUGAUUAUAUUCAAAAAACAACCGAAUGUAAUGAUAUAAAAAUGAGCUUUUGUCUAUUAACCAUURGAGAGAUUGGUCGCAAUUUUGACUUAAGUCCGAUUUUAUCUUUACCACAAACUUUAAUUGAUUGUUUUGGUGUUUGUUCUGAAGACGUCAAGAGUUCAUCAAGUUUGGCCUUAGGUGCUGUUGCAGUUGGUAGCUUGAAAUCUUAUUUACCCCUUAUAUUAAAAGAAACAGAAGGACAACCGAAAUGUCAAUACUUGUUAUUGCAUUCAUUAAAGGAAGUUAUAUCAGCAUUAUCUGUUACCCAACAUGGACUCUCUCAAUUACUACCUUCCGUUCCAUCUAUUUGGGUGCAGCUUAUAAAACAUUGUGAGAGUUCUGAAGAGGGUUCUCGAAAUGUUGUUGCGGAAUGUCUCGGAAAGUUAAUUUUGGUUAACCCAGAUGAACUAUUGCCACAACUUCGUGAUGCUUUAUAUUCUAAUAAUGCUAUAAUGAGAGCCGUGGUUGUAUCUUCUAUAAAAUAUACUAUAUCGGAUCAACCGCAACCAAUAGACCACUUAUUAAAACAAAAUCUAGGCGAGUUUCUUUCCUCUCUUCGUGAUCCUGAACCAGGAGUAAGGAGAGUAGCAUUGGUCACAUUCAACGCGGCCAUUCAUAACAAACCAACAUUAGUACGUGACCUACUGCCCACAUUAUUGCCUUUUUUAUACUCUGAAACAAAAGUAAAGUGUGAAUUAAUUCGUGAAGUUGAAAUGGGUCCAUUUAAGCAUACUGUCGAUGACGGUCUAGACAUUCGCAAAGCAGCUUUUGAAUGUAUGUAUACUUUGUUAGAGCAAGGACUUGACCGAGUUGAUGUGAAACAAUUUUUGGGACACGUGCAAGMUGGUUUAUGUGAUCAUUAUGAUAUAAAAAUGCUAACAUAUUUAAUGACAGCGCGUUUAGCUGUUUUAUGCCCUGAUGCAGUUUUACAACAACUUGACCAGUUUGUCUUGCAAUUGCGGGAAACAUGUAUUUACAAAGUAAAAGCAAAUUCUGUGAAACAAGAACACGAAAAGCMAGAUGAAUUAAAAAGGUCUGCACUAAGAGCCGUAUCUGCGUUAUCCCAAAUACCUAAUGCAGACAAAAAUCAACACUUCACGGAUUUCUUGAAAACAAUCAAAGAUAUACCGGAAUUGUGCAAAAUUUACGAAUCCAUUCAAAAAGACUCAAAUUCGGUCAACAUUGAAAACGCAUCGAUGGAUCAAAGUUAAAAAUGUGGAAACCAACACGUCAUCUAAAAAAUAUGGUAAAGGUUUUUCCUACGUAUUAUAUGUAGAUCUUUAAUAAAUAAAUUAAAAUUUCAUAUUAACUUCAA